AAAGAGGUCCUUUGACUACUUCAAAUUGUGGUAUUUACGAUAGGCUACUGUAUAAAUAACCGGCUUAUCUAAAGCUCAUAUCUACCUCUCAUAAUUAUUUAACCCAGGACAGAUAGGCCUUAAAACACGAAAUCUAUACGUGGCAGAUGUAGUUAGCUUGCACAUCCUUCAAAGCGGAAGUCCAUAAGUUUUGCGCCGAGUAACAGCAGUCAAAGUGGACUUUACUAGAGAAGACGAAUGUAGUUUUGUGAGGACCGCGUUUCUAGGGAAAAUGUGCUAAACAGCUGUGGUCGUACUCAAGCAGAACCAAGGUUAUUAAUAAUAAGUGUGUCGAAUAUGGCUAGCCAGGAUAUAUUGAAUGGUAUUUACAACCCUAAUUUAGCCUGUAUACUAAGUCCUAUCACGCUUCAGCAUCUAUCUCGAGAAUGGUUGAAAGAGGACACGCCGAAUUUCGAUUAUGGUGGAUUUGUGGUGGGCGAGAAGAUGGAAACAUCUUUGGUGCUCCUAAAAAGCGCCGGUGUUCUAGCAGGCGUUCCGUUUGUAGAUGCUAUUUUCAAAGAACUGGAUUGUACAAUAGAAUGGUGUUUCCCGGAAGGAACGUUACUGGAACCUAUACAAACAAUAGCUACGGUCACAGGAAAAGUCAGACGCCUUUUAUUAGGAGAGCGGGUGGCAUUAAAUGUACUGUCUAGAGCAAGUGGCAUUGCUACUUUCGCCCGAGAACUCAACUCAAUAGCACAAUCGAUAGGAUGGAAAGGAGAAAUAGCCGGUACGAGGAAAACGACCCCCGGUUUUCGACUUGUGGAGAAAUAUGCUCUUUUAGUGGGAGGUGUCUCUACUCAUCGUUAUGAUCUGUCCUCCAUGAUAAUGCUCAAAGACAAUCACAUUCUUACUGCUGGAAGCAUAAAACAAGCCGUCAAAGACGCCAAGGUAGUCGGUGGGUUCAGCACUAAAAUAGAAGUUGAAUGUCGGAGCGUAGAGGAUGCUGUGGAAGCUGCCGAGUCAGGCGCCGACGUGGUAAUGCUGGACAACGUUACUCCGGAAGUGCUAGCCACAUCAGCCAACAGCCUAAAAAAGCAGUUCCCGAAUUUAAUCAUCGAGGCCAGUGGAGGAAUAACUCAAGCGAGUCUACAACAAUAUUGCAUAAAGAACGUAGACGUUUUGUCACUAGGAUGUUUAACUCAGGGUUAUAAAACAGUGGAUUAUUCUAUGAAGAUCAAAAAGGAGGGAAAGGACCCGAGAAACCUUCCAGUAGCGAAAUGAUGUAACUCCUCGAAUUCUUCGAAAAUUAAUUUCAGGAAAUGGACGUUUUUAUUUAAACUACAGUGCGUUCUUUUACAUAAGUUACCAGGAAAUUGUGCAAAUUUCGGGGAACGGAUGUUUUUAUGGCAUACAAUACUGUAUUCUUUUGUAACGUAUAUAUUAUGACAUGUUUAUAAGUAAGAAGCGAGAACAUUGAACAUUUUGGACAAAUGUCAGUGCUUAUAUCGAGAGGAAAUGACAGCAGUAUUACUGACAGCUACCGCAUCCAAUUUGCAAAUUUUUCCUACAACUGCCGAACUCCUUAAACCAUAAUGAGUAAACUGACUAAAUGCAGGUGGUUAUCUUUACUAGAUUGAUAAGUGCGACGCAAUAUUGUCCAAAUAUUUCUUGUAUUUUGUUUAGUUCACAAUUAAAUGACAAUGCACAUCUGC